GCCAUCGGGCCAUCAUAGAACAUAUAUGUAUAUACUUACUCUAUGGCGGCCAGUUGUUAUUAACCUCAAAUUUUCUAUUAACCUUAAAAACUUGCAACGCUUAAAAUAUAAAUAUAGUAAGUGCCUUCUUUCUAGUACCCAAAUUAAAGAUGAGAAGAUUAUCAGAGGAAAAGACUCGAAUUUUAUUCGAAAAACUGUCCAAAUAUAUUGGGCACAAUGUUAAAGGCCUCAUUGAAAGGCCAGAUGGAUUAUAUGCAUUUAGAGAAAACAGAGGCAGGGUAUAUUAUGGUAGUCAGGAGUUAUUCAAUUCCGCCAUGACAUUCGCCCCGGAAGAGAUGCAUUCUUGUGGCAUAUGCCUGGGGAAGUUCACCAAAUCUAACAAGUUCAAUUUGCAGAUUACUGCUUUGGCUUGUUUAGCACCUUAUGCACAGGCAAAAAUUUGGCUAAAACCUGCAGCUGAGCAACAGUUUUUAUAUGGAAAUAAUGUUGCGAAAUCCGGUCUUGGUCGCAUGAGUGAAAACAUUGACAGGUACCAAGGUGUGGUGAUUUACAGUAUGUCAGAUCUACCAUUAGGUUUCGGUGUAGCUGCCAAAUCUACAAUGGAAUGUAAAAAUGCAGAACCAGCAGCCGUUAUUGUCUUUCACCAGGCAGAUAUUGGGGAAUAUGUCCGAUCGGAAGACGUUCUAUUUUAAGUUAUAAAAAUUAUUCAAGUUUGUAAAUAUUUUUUGUGAAUAGAAUUAAUCAUUUUAUAUAA